GAUGGCGAGCUGUGUUAGCUUUUGAUUGUUUUGGACGUUGUGCUGAGAGUCUACGCCGUAAAAAUCAAACUGCGCGGCAGUUUUUUUUUAUUUUACAAACUUUAGGGACAAAGUUUGAAACCAGCAUGUGCUCCGUCCUCGGAUGUAAUUCGUGGCGUCGCAGGACACAGCGGUUCAAGUUACCGGAGGAUCCAGAGAGGAGGCUGGAGUGGGUUCAGUUCAUUUUAGAAGUAAACGAUCAACGACUGAAAGAGUCGUCCUGGACUGAUAUCACCAUAUGUAGAAAUCAUUUCACAGAGGACUGUUUCAUAAACCAGACUGAGACUGGGACGAUCCAGCUGAAGUCCAGUGCUGUCCCAUCUCUGUCUAUCAAGUCAGAACCAGACGAACCUGAUCAGGAGCCUAUAGAGACCAAAGAAGUUGCUUCUCAGUGUGAUAUACAUGAAGCAUGUGAUAGUCCAUCCUCCUAUUCUGAUGAAUCAGGAGUAACUUCAACAGCUGCCCAAGGAAGCCCUGCACCAAGUGAAGCUUCAGAUGUUUUCAUGUCUGAUGGUCGGACGCCACAAAACAUUGUGAACAUUGACAUGAUCAUGAAAAAAGCUGCACUUCUGCAGAUAAAAGGGAAGUAUGUUGUGAAUGAAAAACGUCUCCUGGAGUUGUUCAGCCACAAGUGUCCAUUAUGUGGCUCUAAAGUAAAGACGGAGAAGGUCACCUUCGGAGUGCUCAUUAUCUUGAAUCAACAGUGCAUCAAGUGCAAAUACAGAAAGCACUGGAAAAGCCAAGUUAACGGUAGAGUUCCAACUGCUGAAGACGAACACCUGACAGAAGUCGUAGAAGUUGACCUAACUCCAGAGACCCAACAGACAGGGUCAACAGAUGACAUUCGCAGCACUGUCACAGGCAUGUUUGAGAUUGACGCUGUAAUUGAUGAGAGGAGUGAUUCCGCUGAUGAAACGGAGGAAUCAAGUGAUGAAGGUGACAUGGAUUCAGACGAGGACUGGAAUCCAGCGGAGAAGCAUUCACUGGCUAACAAGCGUCAUGAGGAAUCUAACCAGGAAAGCGAAGAUGAAGAGGAAGAUGAAGAGAAAAGGGAAGAAUAUGAUGAUUAUCCUUCACUUCCCGUCAGAUACAGUCAGCUCUGCACAGAGUGUGGAAAGUUUGUUAAUAAACAUAAACCUCACACGUGUGAGCACAAAAUUAAACCCUAUUCUUGCAACAUUUGUGGAAAAAGAUGUGUUAGUGAGGUCGCGCUGAAUUUUCACAGCAGAAUCCACAAUGAAAACUAUGAAUUCAAAUGCAAGUUUUGCCACGCCACUUUCAAAACAAAGGCCGGCAAAUUCACCCACCAGGAGAUUCACGUGACUGAAGGAAAACCCUACAAAUGUCCCGACUGUUCAGAGACGUUCGCCACAAAUAAGGAGCGCAGUAUCCACCUGGAGGAUCACAGAGGGCCCCGACAAUCGAAAUGUCACAUCUGUGGGGUUGAAUUUCGCUCGCCGCCUUAUCUUCAGAGACACUUAGCUGUGCACACAGGAGAGAAGCCGUUUAAGUGUUCAGUGUGCGAUCGUGGCUUCAACCAGGCGAGCCACCUGAAAUCACACAUGCGUCUGCACACAGGGGAGAGACCCUUUAAGUGUCAGCACUGUGACAAAUGCUUCAAUCACAACGUGAGCUUGAAGAGUCACGUCCAACGUUACCACACACCCAAUUCUGGACGUGAACAGAAGAAGGGUAAAAGAAACAAAACUGUAAGCAGCGCUGCUGAUGCUGAGGAUAAUGGGUGCCAGAGAGGUGCAGACUCUGGGCUUCACAAUGUUGAAGAACGUGAUAAAGCAGUGGAAGUGCAGGAGAGAAUUAAAAAACCUCUAAAUAAAAGUAGAAGCACAGGUAGGCCCAUAGGUAGACCUAAGAAAAAAGCAGACAACUUGGUUCUGGCAGGGGAAAUGCAGGGCCGGUGUUCAAACACAAAGACUGCCAAAGUAAAGGUACGGAAGAUAAUGAACACGCAUAGCAGUGGCGAAGAAAGUGAGGACGAGCCAACCGAGGAAAAUAGUGAGACUGUGACAUUGAGCACAAGUUGAUCAAAAAAAGGGCAACGAAUCGUGACUCUGAUUUUGACUCAGGAGAAAGAAAAGGCAGAGGACGACCAAGAAAGAAUCAAAUCGUAAAAGACAGUUAAAAAAAUAUUGAGAUGAGCUUUUAUUUAGAGAUACAUAAUUUAGAUAGUCAUACAGAACUGGAUGUUUUUUAAAAAAAUGAUAUAUUUAAACAAUUUAACAUGAGAGCUAAAUGUGAACACUUGAGCUAAGGACAAACUCCAUUGCUUUUCACUGUUAAGACAUCAUGUCACUUUGAUUUCAAAAUACUGUUGAAUCCUGUUGUGAAUGCCAUGGAAUCAAACUGGAUACAAUCAGAUUAAACUGUGUUGAUGUCAA